AUGGAGGCAGGCAUGAAAUCUUGGGAGUUUGAAAAUUCCCUUCAACUUAUCGAUCCGCAGCGUGAUGCCCUCUACAACUACGAUCCCUCUGCCCACGCCGCCCUCACAGCCGCAAAACCCUGGUCUAAAGACCCACAUUACUUCAAACACAUACGCAUUUCGGCCGUCGCUCUGUUAAAAAUGGUAAUGCAUGCGCGCUCCGGAGGAAACCUAGAAGUCAUGGGACUCAUGCAGGGCUACGUCGCUGCCAACACAUUCAUCGUCACAGACGCCUUCCGCUUACCAGUAGAGGGCACAGAGACCCGUGUAAAUGCCCAGGAUGAGGCAAAUGAGUAUAUGGUCACGUAUCUACAAGCAUGCAGAGAUUCGGGACGUCUUGAGAAUGCCAUUGGGUGGUAUCACAGUCAUCCUGGAUAUGGAUGUUGGUUAUCAGGCAUCGAUGUUUCCACGCAAGAUACGCAGCAGACAUAUUCCGACCCCUUCGUGGCUGUCGUGAUUGAUCCCGAUCGCACAAUAUCUGCUGGUAAAGUCGAAAUUGGCGCUUUCAGGACAUUCCCAAAGGACUACACGCCUCCCAAAAGCGAGCAUGACGACGACGAUGGAUACCAAAGCAUCCCGCUGCAUAAGGUGGAGGAUUUUGGCGCGCAUGCGGCCCAGUACUAUGCGCUUGAGGUCUCGCAUUUCAAGAGCACGCUCGACACUAAGAUAUUAUCGCUGCUAUGGAAUAAAUACUGGGUCGCAACGAUCAGUCAGAACCCCCUGUUUACGAAUCGUGAAUACGAAAGCAAGCAGAUCCUGGACCUGGGGCAAAAGAUGAAAAAGGCUACUUGGCAGAUUGACCAUAGUUCAUCACGGGUGGCUGGGGGUGGUCUUGGUGGAGGAAUUGCUACGUUGCUGAUGAAGAAAGAUCAGCAGCUGGAGAAAGUUGUUAAGGAGGGGCAGAGGAUUGUGGGCGAUGAGGUGAAUGGACUUAUGGCUGCAGAGAUUAAGAAGGCACUAUUCCAUGGUGUCGGACAGAGUAAUAGGUAA